GCCUGCGACAAGGGCCGAUACUGAUGGUUUGCGACAGAGGUCUGCUCUUCGUCUGAGAGGCUGUGCUACAACUGUGAGCUACUCUGAACUGCCAAUCUAUAUGCGCCAAGUACUAAUCUGCAACUACAGGCAAGCAACCAGGUACAUGCCAGCUGUUUGGACCAACUUCGAAGUGAAGACUAACCACCAACUAAGGCCAUGAGUCUAAUGGAUGCCCACACCCCCGCACGACCGAGAGUACGACUUCCUAUCACGCCUAGACACACUGUUCCUUCGUUAACACACUCUACAGCCAAGCAGUGCUACCACUGCCAGGGCCUCGGUCACGUCCAGGCUGACUGCCCGACUCUCCGUCUGAGCGGUGCUGGAACCAGCGGAAGAUGUUACUCCUGCGGCCAGCCCGGGCAUCUUGCUGUAAGGAUAUUCCAAGCUCACCCACAUUCCUUCCCUGACAACUUGACAGCGCUCUUGCCCGAACCCAGGUGCCGCUGGAAUUGGACGCGGGGCCGGGAUCCCCCGCGGCGGCUUUGCCGGUGGCUUCCGAGGAGGUUUCGCUGGCGGUCCACGACCGGCCACCUGCUACAAGUGUGGCGGACCCAAUCACUACGCUCGUGACUGCCAGGCUCAAGCCAUGAAGUGCUACGCCUGUGGCAAGCUUGGCCAUAUCUCACGCGACUGCACCGCGCCGAACGGAGGACCCCUCAACACGGCUGGCAAGACUUGCUACAGAUGCGGCGAGGCCGGUCAUAUCUCCCGAGAAUGCCCGCAAGCUGAGGUCAAUGGCGAUGGUCUGCCUGC